AUGGCAGUUUUCUUCAUCUUUAUGUUUUCUUUCAUUCUCUCCACCUCCUAUGCUGCUGUGCAAGACUUUUGCGUUGCAGACUACACAGCUCCUUCUAGUCCUGCAGGCUACUCCUGCAAAAGGCCUGAAAAUGUUACGGUAGAUGAUUUCGUAUACUCGAGCCUAGGCGUUGCCGGUAAUACCUCAACCAUUACCAGAGAUGCAAUUACUCUAGCGUCCUACAAUGAGGUUCCUGCUUUGAAUGGCCUUGGCCUUUCAAUGGCUCGUGUAGACAUGGCACCCGGUGCGGUUGUCCCUUUGCAUACACACCCCGGAGCAAGUGAGAUCUUUCUUCUUGUGAAAGGGAAACUGAUUGCCGCGUUCAUUUCGUCGGAUACAAACACAGUUUAUCAGACAGUUAUCAAUAGUGGUGAUCUGUUUGUCAUCCCUAAAGCGUUAUUUCAUGGCUUUGUGAAUAUUGGAGGUGCUAAAUAUAAUCCAGUCGUUGCAUUUGCUAGCUACAGUAGUGAAAGUCUGCAUAUUCAGACGGUGGACAAUUCACUAUUUAAUAGCACAUUGUCUACUGAAUUUAUAAAUCGCACUACUUUCAUCAGCAGCCAUGAGAUAAGGAGAUUGAAGGCUCUCUUUGGUGGCACUAACUAA